AUGGAAAGUGAGGAAAUCGUGGAUCAAGUAACGAAGGACAUCAAUGCAGUGCCAGUUGUUGACCAUCAUGAGUUCGUUCUUCCUCAUGAUUUUUCGGACUUGAAUACACUUCCACAACUUCACAUCUUGGAUUUUGUUCGAGAUGCAGACAAUUGCUGUGAGGUUGUUAAGAGUAUUGUUAAGUCAGUUACAAGGAUAACUACUUCAUGUCUGCAUCAGAAAAAUGAAGAGAAUAGAUUAUUAAAUUUCUCAUCAUCAUCAGGGGAAGUCAAUCAUGCAGAUACCAAUGUCUUGGUGAAGCAUCUGCAAGAAGAGCUUAGGAGCUAUGAGUCUGAGGUUCAAGAAGCAAGAAAGUUGAAGUCCUCCCUUGAAAACAAUGAAUUACUGAGAGUGAAGUUUUUGGAAGAAAAGGCCCGCAGGGACCGGGCAGAAUCAGAUUUACUUAAGCUGCAAGAGGUCCAGCAAAAUGCGAAGAAGUUGGAGGACGAAUUGACCUCUUGGAAGUUGGCAAUCAACGAUAUUCCUGGUGUGCUGUGUCCCGAUGAUCUACCGAUUAAGUUUUCAGGCUUGCAGAAAGAGGUUCUUGAGAGUAUGAUGAAAUUGGGUGAGGUGAAUGCACGUUUGAAACAGAUGGAGGUAGCUCUGGAAGUUACAGAGCAUGGAAGACAGCAAGCCGAAACUGAGGCUGCAUUGCUGAAAAGGAAGGCAGAAGAAUCAGUUUCAGAGGUCAGGCGGCUUGAGUUAAUUCUUUCUUCGGUUAAUGAAGAAAGAGAGAGGCUAAGAAAGGAUGCUUAUGCAUUGAAGAAGCAUGCGGAAGCAGAAGGGGGAUCAACUAAUGAGACUCCAGUGCAGGAACUGGAGGCAUCUCUUGCUAAAAAGGAACAAGCUAUUCAAGCAUUGGAGCAUGAGUUAAAUGAACAAAAGGAAACGAUAAAUCAUCAGCACAAUGAAAUUAAGUUGCUGACUGAGAGGCUGAGUGAUGAAACAAGAAAAAUAAAGUCACUGGAGAGGGAGGGGGAUCGUUUUCGUUCUGAGAUUGCUAUACUGGAAUCCAAGUUAAGUCAGGGUGAUUAUUCUUCUGCAAGCACAAAAGUUCUGCGGAUGGUCAAUACCUUGGCUGUCGAUGGUGAGGCUAAACAUACUAUUGAAGCACUACGAACUGAAUUGCAGAAAACAAAGGAAAAGUUACAAGCUGUUGAAGAAUUGAAAGGACAGUCAGAUGCUGGAAAUUUUAUUGAUUCCCAAAUAUCUGACAAGCUUGCACAACUCAAAGGGCAAAUUGCAACUCUGGAGAAACGUGAAGAGAGAUACAAGACCGUAUUUGCUGAGAAAAUUUCUGUUUUCCGAAGGGCUUGUUGUUCACUUUUUGGUUACAAGAUAGUAAUGGAUGAUCACCAACGUCCUAAUGGAAUUCCAGUGACACGGUUUACUCUCCAAUCUAUUUAUGCCCAGAAUGAUGACGAGAAGCUCGAAUUUGAAUAUGAAUCAGGAAACACAAAUAUUUUGGAAAAUGAUUAUGCUUCUCAAACUGAGAUAGCGCAACAGAUUGCGAUAUUCAUACGGAAGAUGAACUCAAUUCCUGCAUUUACUGCCAAUUUAACGGUGGAGUCCUUCAACAGGCAGACGCUUUCCUAAAGCUCAUGUACUAUCAUCAUCAGGCCAAAAGCAGGCCUUGUAAGUUGUAACUAUUUUUGUUUUUCCCAUUCCGAGUAGAAAAGGUGAUAGCACAUAUGCUAUUUGGUUCAGGUUUGGCUGAAAUUAUUAACCAUGGCAUGCAUGCUCCAUUUGACUUAUUCUCAAUAGCUUAUGUUCUUCAUGUUUUGAUAUGCUGAGCAAGACCAAGUAGUUUUGGUUGGUUUGUAUGCACGGAUUAGGUUCAAAAGGUGAGGUUCUGUGAGUUCUGGUGAAUAUAUUCUUGGCCUGGGUUUGGUUGAUGCUUAUGUUCAUAUCUCCAGACAUAUAAUACUCUGACCAUUCUGUUGAGAUUAUAAUAUAUAAGGUAAUGGUCCUAAAGUAA